CCACUUUCAGGAGAGUCCGUCGAGGUCCAUGGCGCCCAUGGAGAACAUCGUUGUCCAGAUGGACGGCAAGCCGGGCUUCCCGGCGGAUGUCGUCGGCGGUAGGACGAUGGAGACGCCUUUCUCUGUGUCGCUGAGCGUCCCAGCCUCACCGUCGAGCGAGACGAAGCUCGGUGUCCACCACCUCGCCGUGCCGCUGAGGCAGGCCCGUCAACACUCGCUGCCGUCCCCGGCAGUCAGAGGCAGCGCCGAGGUGCCGGCCGUGCCACGGAGCAACACCGCGCGGAAGCGGGACCGGCGAUUCGACCGCUUGAGGACCUUCUCCGGCCGCCUCGACCGCCAGCUCUCCACCCUCCGCGGCCUGUCGCAGGAACUGCCAGCUGCUGACCUCGAGCGUGGCAGCGCCAAGAUCUCCGAGGAGGACACCGACGAUGAUCACGACGUCCCCACCGCCGGCCGCUACUUCGACGCCCUGGAAGGCGCCGAGCUCGACACCCUUCGGUCGACGGAGGUGGCGGUGCUGCCCAAGGACGAGCUGUGGCCUUUCUUGCUUCGAUUCCCCAUCAGCGCGUUCGGGAUGUGCCUCGGCGUCAGUAGCCAGGCGAUGCUAUGGAAGACGCUCGAGUCAGAGCCCUCCAUGGCGUUCCUCCGCGUGUGCCCCGCCGCCAACCAUGUCCUCUGGUGGAUCUCCGUUGCCCUCACCGCCGUCGUCUCCAUCGUCUACCUCCUCAAGGUCGUCUUCUACUUUGAGGCCGUCCGCCGCGAGUUCCACCAUCCGGUCCGCGUCAACUUCUUCUUCGCUCCUUGGGUCGCCUGCCUCUUCCUCGUCAAGGGAGUGCCCCGCCCGGAGUGGGAGAUCCACCAUCUCUUCUGGUACUUUCUCAUGGUGCCCAUCCUAUGCCUCGACCUCAAGAUCUACGGCCAGUGGAUGUCCAGCGGCGAGCGGCGCCUCUCGAAGGUGGCCAACCCGUCCAACCACCUCGCUGUUGUUGGCAACUUUGUUGGUGCGCUACUCGGCGCCAGGAUGGGCCUCCGGGAGCUUCCCAUCUUCUUCUUUGCUGUCGGGUUGGCCCACUAUGCGGUGCUCUUCGUCACCCUCUACCAACGCCUCCCCACCAACAAGCAGCUCCCCAAGGAGCUCCACCCGGUCUUCUUCCUCUUCGUCGCAGCACCUAGUGUCGCGUCCAUGGCAUGGGCGAGGAUCUCCGGCGAGUUCAACAACGGCGCCAAGCUCCUAUACUUCGUCUCGCUCUUCCUCUAUGUAUCGUUGGUGGUGCGGGUCAACUUGUUCCGGGGGUUAAGGUUCUCGUUGGCUUGGUGGGCCUACACGUUCCCGAUGACGAGUGUUGCCCUAGCGACGGUGUUGUAUGCGUCAGAGGUGAACAACAUGCUGACACUGACGCUUGCCGUCGGGCUAUCAGGAAUUGCCGUUCUCACCGUCAUCGGCGUGUUGGCCACCACGGUGUACCACGCCUUCGUGUGUGGGGACCUGUUCCCCAACGACGUUUCCAUCGCCAUCAAGCAGAAGAGGCCCAAGUUUAGCAACAUACUUGCGCACCUCCGCUUGCCCACUCCGGCAUCAAGUAGCAGCUCAUCCGCUAACUCUAGGACGACGAGCAGCAUCGGCGAGUCUCCGGUGAUAUAUGGGCACGAAAGAGCAGAGUGUUAGAUGGUCGGUGAACAGCAGGAUGCAUGUUGUGAAUGCACACAAGAGUUUAUAUUGAUUAGUACCAACUUAUUUGUACAAAGUUCCUUCUCUUUGAUUUCUUUUGUUCUUUUUCCAUCAUCUGCCAAUUUGCAUUGAUAUCCUAUAGCAAUUUGCAUUGCCAUGGUA